UGGUCGCUUCGACUGCCCCCCCCUCCAAAUCCAGUUUCGGUGGCCUUUAAAAAGCGGCCCCUUGCACACGUUCCAGUGGCAUUCAAGCCCUGACGUGCUUCCUUGUCCCAAGGGACCGAGGCCCUCUUUUUGCCCCCCUGAAGGCUGCCGUCUGACGGCAUCCCCCCGAAAAUGGCGGCUUCGUUGGUUGCUGCACCGGCGCAGCCAUCUUCGAUAGACGCGUGUAACCCCAACUCUCACAACGCGAGCUCCUCGUCGUCGCCUCGGCAAUAUCCCACCGAGCUGACGGAUCCCAUUCCGGAAGAAGGCGAUGAGACCGAUAGCGAAGCAGUAAACGAGCCCGUCACACCUGUGAGCGGCCGCCAGUCGCAGGAUUUCCACACCCUCGCAAACCCAGACGGCCACCUAGACGCGGCCCACGAACAACUUGCCUCUGAUCAGACCGCCGGCAGCUUUCCACCCGCUCAGCAGCCCGCCACACUUAGCUCGAAGCCACCCCUGGUUGUUGACACCUCAGCCACCCCGCCAAAGGCGCCGAGGAGCCCCCAAGAAACCCCCCGGGCCGCCCCUCCCACGACGCCCACACCCGCGACCCCCUCGUCCGAUCUAGACCACAGCGGUGCGCUUUCUUCAAGACGUUCGACCUUCGGCUCAUCUUCGAAUUUCAGACGCACCAUGUCCAGUUUUCUAAAACGUGUGGGUACGCAGUCGGACAAGGCGGCAGCUGGUCCCGACUCUGCAAGCAGUACCACCGCCUCGACCCUAAAUUUGCCGGAGGCCGCUCAGCGAAAGAUGCCAAACCGCCGCUGGUCAAUGAACAGGAGCUCGGCUACGACUCGCUCCAACACACCACCGUCGCCCAGCUCGCCGCUCGAGAUAGCCGUCAAGUCUAGAGAGGACGCAUCGCAGCCAACAAUACCGGAGUCAGAGGCCUUCUUCAAGAAAAAGUCGCGUGCAUCGACUGGCUUCACACUGCGCUCUCGCCCGAUCGUGAGGAAAGACGCACCGUCGAGACAGGAGCUACAGCUCAGGCGACGUGCCAGCAGUUUCGAUUAUACGAAGCAGGAGCCGGUCGCGGACGGAGAUUCGGAGAAGGCCAUUCACAUGGAGAGAUCCCUCUGGGGGCUUCCCGCCGAGACUGGCACCGGCGUGAAGGCUCGGCGCAUGAGUUUGAGCUUACCCGACGAUUUUACGGUGGACGUGAUCGAGCUCGCUUCGGAAUUCGAGUACCAACAUAAGCUGCUCGGCCGGCACGGGAAGCACUUGGGCAAGGGCGCCACCUCGAAAGUCACCUUGAUGGUGGCCAAGACCGGUGGUGAGCUGUUUGCCGUCAAAGAGUUCCGGGGCAAGUCGUCCAGCGAGACGCGCGAGGAGUACGAGAAGAAGAUCAAGUCCGAAUACACGCUAGCAAAGAGCUUGCACCACCCCAACAUCGUCGAGACGAUACGGCUCUGCAUCGACCACGGCCGCUGGAACCAUGUCAUGGAGUACUGUGAGGACGGCGAUCUCUUCAAUCUGGUAAACAAGAAAUACCUCAAGACCGAAGACAGGGAAAAGGACCGGCUUUGCCUCUUCAAGCAGCUGGUGACGGGCAUCCACUACCUCCACUCGAACGGCAUUGCUCAUCGCGACAUCAAGCUCGAGAAUCUGCUCAUCACUAAAGACUCGAGGCUCAAGAUCACCGAUUUUGGCGUCUCGGAAGUCUUUUCGGGCAUCCACCCGGGGCUAAGGGAAGCCGGCGGCCAGUGCGGGAAGAACAUGGGUGAAGUGCGGAGUUGCGCCCCGGGCAUCUGCGGCAGCAUGCCCUAUAUCUCGCCAGAGGUCCUUCAGAAGAAGGGCGAUUACGACCCGCGGGGGCUAGAUGUGUGGAGCUCUGCUAUCGUCAUGGUCAACCUCAUCUUCGGCGGGCCCCUGUGGCAUAAGGCCGAGCUCACCCCGAAUGCGUCACCGCGGGAGACCUACGCCAGUCUCGUCCGUGGCUGGGAGAAGUGGACAAACAAACACGCCGAUGCUACCGACAGUGUCAUCACCGACAUGGACUAUCCGCACGUGUUCGUUUUCGACACGUUCGUGAAGCCACCGGCCCUGAGGCGCGUCCUCCUCCAGAUGCUUAACCCGGAUCCGGAGAAGCGCAUCUCGAUAGCGAGCGUGAUCAGCAACCGAUGGGUGAAGAACAUUGAGUGUUGCCAACCCGAAAGCUACGACGAACCAAACGCGGCCCACAUGAUUGAUGCGUCCAAGAAGCCUGGCCAGAACCGGGCCAGCGGCAAGAAGAUCUAUUGCCAUAAUCACCUACCUCCUGUCGCGCAUAACAGCCACUCGCUUGGUAAAAUGCCGGGCAGCGCUGGCUAUUGAAGCCGAAGGAUGGCACGGCUUUUCCGUUGCUUUUGUUAAAAAAAAAAACUUUCAAUUACUGGUCUUUCUCAUGGGGUUCGGGGUAGCCCUGCAAAACAUACACGGCGUUACACGGGGCUCAAGGUGCAUCAUCGACAGCACAUCAUUGGGCGGGUUUCUUUCCUUUCUGCUUUUCUCCUUUUUCUCAUGGGACUCCGGGGGGCAAAGGCCAGAUAGAUCUGUUGAUACGGCCUCGUUUUGCAAAGCUCUGUUUUUAUUGUUUGUCUUUCUUUCCUCAUGCUGUCACAUCCGUGGUCGGGAUGUCGGCA